CUUUCAAGUCAGUUGGAAUCGUCUACAAGGGCAGCGCACGCACAGCAGGCAACGCAAAAUCCGUGGGUGUUGGGCAUCCCCCAUUUCAAAGGGCCGACUUUGCAGUAGUUUUCCAGCAGCAUGGCCGCAAACUCGGACAAUGGCGGGAAGCUGGCGCUACGAAAGCAACUCAAAAAGGGAUUCGCUCAACGCCUCCGGUCCAUGUCCUCUCCUCCUCCCCCGCUGCCAAUCAACCAGUCGGCACCAACGUCACCAAAGAGUUUGCCAGCGUCCAAGGCGGAGUCGCCCAAAUUACGUCCAUCCUCACUUAUCAUACCGAAUGGGUCACAAUUGUACCAGCUCAAGAGGAGUGCAAGUGGACCGUCAACGUGGGGGAGUAUGAGCAGGUCACGGUCUCCGACAAAGUCGGCAAACGAGGUCGUGUCUCUGGCAGAUUUUCGGCAAGGGGAUGUGCGCGCUAAGCACCAGAGACGUAUUUUGAUGGCGUUGGAGAAGCGACAAAGGGCUCCGACGCCAAUGUUAGAAAAAGGCACAAAGUCAAAAGGGAAUUUGUGGGAGAAGCAUAAAAAAGAUCGAUCAGACCCUAAAAAGGGUGUCCUGUCAAAGCUCUUAAAACCUAAAAAACGGAAACGAUCUCAGCAUACCACAUUUCACCUCCUUAACAUUGCUGUACACGAUCAUCGCAUGUCCCAAGCCUGCUCCCUCCUCGACGAAAUCUCCCCCAACAUGCUCCACAAAACCUGGGCAGCAGAGACAGAAAAAAUUUUCCUACUAGCCAUGGUGAAUGGCAUGGAACCUGUUUGUAUGCUCAUGCUGGAUAAGGGGUACCCUCCAGACGUGAAUGCACCCGUGUUUUCGGCGCGGUGUAAGAGUUUUCAUGCACCGUCAUAUUUUAUGCUGGCAUUGGGUUUGGGACUGCAUACUAUGGUGUUUAGAAUGAUUCAGAAUCAUCGCGUCAAAGUGAACCAGUCCUGGUACGGUUUGACGGCCCUCCACAUUGCCUGCUGCAGGGGUCAGGUUUCGAUGGUUCGCAUGCUGCUCGAAUAUGGCGCGAAUCCCCGAAAGGGACUCAACAUUGCCGAUUACAGACUUCUCGUCCGCCUUCGAAAUGCUCAGCCGAAAUCGACCCCGAGUGGGCUGGAAUUACCAUCCACUGCCUUGUCAUCUUCGGCACCACUACCGUCAUCACCCCUGCCAGCUCAGCGGCGGCUGAGUAGGAGAAAGUCUACUGGACAGGCAGCCCCCCCCUUGGAAACAAUCUUGCCAUUGGAUAUGGCGGUAAUGUUACAUCAGCAAGAAGUUAUCUCCUUUUUAUUGUCGAGAAUGAAGCCUUCUACUCUGGGAGCUGCGUCCCUGCAUCUUUUGAAACAAGCGAAUAUGAAUUUAGGUUUAGAGUAAUGUAUGUGCAUACCAGCUGACUUAUCCUAUGGCUGUUACCUUUUUUUGGCUGUAAUGUGGGAUUUUGUUAAAUUCUAGUGUAGCAGCGUAAAAGAGUUAAAGUGACACAGUGCAAUGCUAUCAGUCGCAAUCUUGGUGAGUGCACAUCGGAAUGAGCAACACCUUUAUGACAAGGAAAACUAUUACAAAACGUCAGACUAAAUGUAAAGUAUUCCACUGCUAUUCCAUUGCUGCUGUCAUAGUUUAUCAAAAAUUUCAAUCAUCGCUUCAGCAUUUUGUUUGCUCCCCACCUUA